UUUUAAUCGCUCCUCCUCAGGACAGGUGUCAGUGGGCGGGGAGUUGCAGUCGGUCCAGGAGCAGCAUGAGCCGGGUGACGGAUCCUCGGGACAGGUCUGAUGCGGACCUGUCCCGGGAUCUCAGUGACUGCAUGGAUGCAAUUAAUCUGUUUUUGGACAACCGGUUUAAUGAAAGCCUGGGUCUCUUGCAGCCGAGGGCUAAAGACAGUAUGUACCAUGGGCUUGUAUAUGGCACUAUCCUGGAAAUGCAGGCCAUGAUGACGUUUGAGCAUGAUGACAUCAUCAAUGCCGGACAGAUGAUGAGGCAAGCACAAGAAACAUGUCAGAGGUUUAGGAAAAAAACGUCCCUCAUAAAUAGGCCUGGAGCCGAUUCCUUUACAGAAGUGGAGUUACACGCGGAGGUUUGCUAUGCGGAGUGUUUACUACAGAGAGCGGCUCUCAUCUUCCUGCAGGACGAGAACAUGAUCAACUUCAUCAAAGGCGGAAUGAAGGUCCGGAGCAGCUAUCUCAUCUAUCGAGAGCUGAGUAACUUGAUGCAGUCUAAUGGCUUCCAGAAGGGGGAGUGCCACGUCCACCUCCAAGGGGGCAUCUCGUUGGGUGUUGGAGCUUUCAACCUGACUUUGUCUCUCUUCCCCCCGCGGAUACUGAAGUUACUGGAGUUUGCUGGCUUCUCCGGAGAUAAGGACUAUGGGCUGACCCGGCUCCAAGAAGGGGCCUCCUCUUACAACCUGCGCUCUCUGAUGUGUACAAUGCUACUGCUAAGUUAUUACACCUUCCUGAGCUUCAUCCUCGGGAUUGGUGAUGAAGAUGUCACUGAAGCUGAUGACCUCCUGCAGCCCUACCUCAGCCGCUAUCCUAAGAGCGCCAUAUUUCUGUUCUUUGCUGGAAGGAUCGAGGAGAUUAAAGGCAACAUAGAUGAGGCCAUCCGCUGGUUCGAGGAUGGUUGCUCGGCUCAGCAGUCAUGGAAGCAGUUCCACCAUAUGUGUUACUGGGAGCUGAUGUGGUGCUUUGCCUAUAAGGGGACGUGGAAGGUGGCAUAUUUCUAUGCAGAUCUCCUGAGUAAAGAAAGCCGCUGGUCAAAGGCAAUGUAUGUGUACAUGAAAGCGGCCUUCCUCAGCAUGCUGCCCAGUGAGGAACCUCGUCCAUUCGGUGAAAGUGAGGUGGAACUGUUCAGACUCGUGCCCACCUUAAAACAGAAAAUAGCAGGAAAAUCUCCACCCACUGAGAAAUAUGCCAUCCGGAAGGCGAGGAGAUAUCAGGCCAAGGACCCCAUCAGCUUACCCGUUCCUGCACUGGAGAUGAUGUAUCUCUGGAAUGGGUUCUCUAUACUGGGUAAAGAUGCACAGUUGACCGAAAACACCCUGAACAUACUUUGUGUGACUGAGAACCGCCUGUUUCAAGAGCCAGCCAGUGAGUACCGGGAAGAUGACCACUGCUCCAUCCUCCUCCUGAAAGGUUUGUGUCUAAAACACCAGGGGCGCUUAACACAAGCUGAGCAAUGCUUCAGCCACAUCUACCAGAGCGAGAAGAAGAUAAAGCUCGAUCACCAUUUGGUACCCAACUCACUGUUGGAGCUAAGUCUCCUGUACAUGCAGCAAGGCAGGACCGACGACGCUGUCCUUCUGCUUCGACGUGCCAAGAACAAUUACAAGAAUUAUUCCAUGGAAUCACGCACCCUCUUCAGGAUUCACGCUGCUCUGUCGAAGCUCAAAGCCCCAGACUCAGAGGAAAACAGCACGGAUGGCACCAACCUCUAAUUAUGUUAUUUAUGUGUAACUUAUGAGAGCAUAGUGUGAUACAGUUAUAGAAACAACUACAUGGGAAAAAGAAGAGAUGGAGUUGCAGCAGCCAGUCAGAUUAUAUGUAAUUUUUCAAGCGGAUUAGAAAAUGAAGAGUCCUCUGGUUGCUGUGGUUUACCAUACAAUUUGUUUUCCAUAGCUAUCUGUGUCAGAAAUGUUCUCUAAUGAUUCCAAUGCACUUUAUUAACAAAGUGACGUGUAUAAUCACUUUUAAUAACCAUUCAUUGGUAAGGAAGAUAAUUGCAUACUUGUAUAAUGAAUAUUAAACUACAGUAAUUUUCACAUUUAUAAGUGUACAGUGUCUGAGCCAUAUUUCUGUUGUAGUUUCUAAUUACUCAGAAUAUCCCAGUGCAGUCUGAUUGACUGCCGUUAAUAUUAAUUAAUAGCAUUAUUGGUUGUAAACUCAAUAAAUUGUAUAGUUUUUGAA